AAUCCCCUAUUGGGCGAGCGGAGCGCGCGGGCCCGCCCCUCGCCUAUAAGGGCGGUGCGGCACUGCAGCUAGCGCACUUCUCACCGAGACCCGUCACCCGGACUCUACGUGAGACUCACCGCCCGACUCGCCAUGCGUGAAUGCAUCUCAGUCCAUGUGGGGCAGGCAGGUGUCCAGAUGGGCAAUGCCUGCUGGGAGCUCUACUGUCUGGAACAUGGGAUUCAGCCUGAUGGGCAGAUGCCCAGUGACAAGACCAUUGGAGGAGGGGACGACUCCUUCACCACCUUCUUCUGUGAAACCGGUGCCGGAAAGCAUGUGCCCAGGGCAGUGUUUGUGGAUUUGGAGCCCACUGUAAUUGAUGAGAUCCGAAAUGGCCCAUACCGGCAGCUCUUCCACCCAGAGCAGCUCAUCACUGGAAAAGAGGAUGCCGCUAACAACUAUGCCCGUGGUCACUAUACUAUUGGCAAAGAGAUCAUUGACCCCGUGCUGGACCGGAUCCGCAAGCUGUCUGACCAGUGCACAGGUCUUCAGGGCUUCCUGGUGUUCCACAGCUUUGGAGGGGGCACUGGCUCUGGCUUCACCUCCCUCCUCAUGGAGCGGCUCUCUGUCGACUAUGGCAAGAAAUCCAAGCUGGAAUUCUCUAUCUACCCAGCUCCCCAGGUGUCCACGGCUGUGGUCGAGCCCUACAACUCCAUCCUGACCACCCACACCACCCUGGAGCACUCAGACUGUGCCUUCAUGGUGGACAAUGAAGCCAUCUAUGACAUCUGCCGUCGCAACCUGGACAUCGAGCGCCCGACCUACACCAACCUCAACCGCCUCAUCAGCCAAAUUGUCUCCUCCAUCACAGCUUCCCUGCGCUUUGACGGGGCCCUCAACGUGGACCUGACAGAGUUCCAGACCAACCUGGUGCCCUACCCUCGCAUCCACUUCCCCCUGGCCACCUAUGCGCCAGUCAUCUCUGCAGAGAAGGCCUACCACGAGCAGCUGUCAGUGGCAGAGAUCACCAAUGCCUGCUUCGAGCCUACCAACCAGAUGGUGAAGUGUGAUCCCCGUCAUGGCAAGUACAUGGCCUGCUGCCUGCUGUACCGUGGAGACGUGGUACCCAAAGAUGUCAAUGCCGCCAUCGCUGCCAUCAAGACCAAGCGCAGUAUUCAGUUCGUGGACUGGUGCCCCACGGGCUUCAAGGUUGGUAUCAACUACCAGCCACCCACUGUGGUGCCCGGGGGUGACCUGGCCAAGGUGCAGCGUGCCGUGUGCAUGCUGAGCAACACCACUGCCAUCGCCGAGGCCUGGGCCCGCCUGGACCACAAGUUCGACCUGAUGUAUGCCAAGAGGGCGUUUGUGCACUGGUACGUGGGUGAGGGCAUGGAGGAGGGUGAGUUCUCCGAGGCCCGGGAGGAUAUGGCUGCUCUGGAGAAGGAUUACGAGGAGGUGGGCAUCGACUCCUAUGAGGACGAGGAUGAGGGAGAAGAAUAGAAGAGCUGCCUGGAGCCCACUCACUAUGUUUAUUGCAGAAUCCUUUCAAAAUAAAGAGUCUCCAAGCACG